AGCAAGGAAGCAAACAGGCUCGGUUGAUUUCCGAGGAGGAGGAGGAGGAGGAGGAAGGAGGCUGGAUCGUGGCGAGGACGGAAGACAAAGAGAGAGGGUCCGGUGACCUUUGAGGAGGAGGAGGAGGCGGCAGCAGCUGUGCAUUUCACGGAGGAGGAGUGGGUCUCCUGGAUCCGGGCCAAAGUGUUCCACACAGGGAAGCCAUGGAGGAGAAUUAUGAGAUUGGAGCCUCUUUCAAAUCGGAGCUCAAUUCCUGGUUGGAAGAUGGAGAGGAUCUUCUUAUCCAAGUUCCCAAAGAGGAGGAGACCUCAGCAGAACGAGACCUCGCUUCCUGUAAGGAAGAAGGAGAAAGUCUGUUUAUCCAGUUCCCCAAAGAAGAGGAGGAGACCUCAGCAGAGCUAGGCCUCAUUUCCUUUUCGGAAGGAAGAGAAGAAGAUCCACUUGUCCAGAGUCUCAAAGAAGAGGAGGCGGAGACAUCAGCAGAACCAGACCUCAUUUCCUGUUGGGAAGAAGGAGAAGAUCCGGUGAUGCAGGAACGCAAAGAAGAGGAGGAGACCUCAGCAGGAUACAUCUUAGGGGUCAAGUCUGAGGAUGAAGCAUCUGAAGUAUCACUGGAAAAAGCUGAGGAGCAGGUGCAGGAGCAGAAACUGAGGAGUCAAGAAGGAGCAAACAGACAAGAGGAUAGACAGACUCACACCGGUGACAAACCUUAUCAAUGCUUGGAGUGUGGAAAGAACUUCAGGUGGAGUAGCACCCUUUCUCAGCAUCAAAGAAUUCACACAGGGGACAAACCUUAUACAUGCUUGGAGUGUGGAAAGAGCUUCAGUCAAAGUGGCCACCUUAGAUCGCAUCAAAAAACUCAUACAGGGGACAAACCUUAUCAAUGCUUUGAGUGUGGAAAGAGCUUCAGUCAGAGUGGCCACCUUACUUCGCAUCAAAGAACUCACACAGGAGACAAACCUUAUCAAUGCUUGGAGUGUGGAAAGAGCUUCUGUCGGAGUAGCAACCUUUCUACACAUCAAAGAUGUCACACAGGGGACAAACCUUAUCAAUGCUUCGAGUGUGGAAAGAGCUUCAGUCAGAGUAGCACCCUUACUUUGCAUCAAAGAACUCACACGGGGGACAAACCUUAUAAAUGCCUGGAGUGUGAAAAGAGUUUCAGUCAGAGUAGCACCCUCACUUUGCAUCAACGAACUCACACAGGGGACAAACCUUAUAAAUGCUUGGAGUGUGGAAAGAGCUUCAGUCAGAGUGCCCACCUUACUUCACAUCAAAGAACUCACACGGGAGACAAACCUUAUAAAUGCUUCGAGUGUGGAAAAAGCUACAGGUGGAGUAGUGACUUUUCUCAACAUCAAAGAACUCACACAGGGGACAAAUGUUAUCAGUGCUUGGAGUGUGGAAAGAGCUUCAGUUGGAGUAGCCACCUUAUUUGUCAUCACAGAACUCACACAGGAGACAAACCUUAUAAAUGCUUGGAGUGUGGAAAGAGCUUCAGUCAGAGUAGCCACCUUACUACGCAUCAAAGAACUCACACUGGGGACAAACCUUAUAAGUGCUUGGAGUGUGGAAAGAACUUCAGUCGGAGUAGCAACCUUUCUUCACAUCAAAGAUGUCACACAGGGGACAACCCUUAUACAUGCUUGGAGUAUUGAAAGACCUUUCAUCAGAAUGGCUACCUUCAGGCACAUCAAAGGCUCCGUUUAAGGGAAGAGAUGUAUAGAUGCUUUGGAUGUGGAAAAAGCUUUAAGCAGAGUUUGUGACGUCCUUCCCCAGCACCACCUGUGAAGCUCUCACUUGUGGCUACCAGCAGACAGGAACAUCAGGUUUUCUUCUUACCCUUUACAGCUCUAGCACAGUUUUCAACAAAUCCCCCUGCUAGGCCUUACUACCCCACACUCUGUAUCUCUUAUAACCUUUAGACUGUGCCUAGUCUCUGCCUGGCUAUCUCAAUACCUUGUGUCUAUGGGUAUAGGUAAUUCCCCCCCCGCAGCCUCUUGCACUGAAUCAUACAGCCCUGGGUUUCUCUUUCGGACUGGAUACACUUUCUUCCGAUCCGCCACUGCCACCAUUCGAUACAACUGUUCAGCCUUGGUUAUUUUGUUAUUCCCCCUGGUAUGUGUUUCCCAGCUGAAGGAAUCAGGCUUAUGUUUAACCAAGAAAUAUUUAUUAAGAACUAGAAAUUACAAGUUUACUUUUAGAAUGUUUCACAAGCGUAUGGUUUCAUCUAUAUUUUAUUAUGUACUUGACUUCUUACUAAUUGCCUCAGAACUCCGACUCACUCUCAACAGCACCGACCACCAUCCACCUCCUCAAUUCACCACCUCAACCUCCAGAUUCAACUGUCAUUCUUCCAUCUAUACGCCCAGCCAUUCAAACGCCCAGCCAGUCAUCCAGCAUUCUACUGCUCAUGUACUCCCCCUCCUCUUUCACUCCACUUACCAUAUGUCUUCUAUAUAAAAAGCACUUACCAUAUUUACAAUAUAAGCAUGAACAUCACCUCCCCCCCCCUUAAAAUAACAGCAAAGUAUUAUUCCUGCUCUAGGAGUCAUACAACGUGUUAAUUAAAAAAAAUAAGUCUCUUAGGGGAAAACGUCUUUUCACACCCAUGUCUGGGUCACGUAACUGCAGUCCCGGCCACCUGUCUUGAAAGUCCAUCGGCCAAUACAUUGUCCUUGUCUUUUAGAACUUAAAGUCCACCUGGUAUUCUUGUAAAGCCCAGGACCACCUCUGCAGCAUGGUGUUAUUAUUUCUCAUGGUCUCUAACCAUAGCAAUGCUCGAUGAUCCAUUGUCACUGUAAAUCUUCAUCCCCACAUGUAUGGGCGCACCUUGCUCAGUCCCCACACGACCGCUAGGCGCUCCUUUUGGACCGAUGAAUAAUUCUUCUCCCGCGAUGUCAGCUUGCGACUAAGAUAUGCCACUGGAUGUCUGGUGCCUCCCCUCUCUUAAGAACAUAAGAAGAGCCUGCUGGAUCAGGCCAGUGGCCCAUCUUGUCCAGCAUCCUGAUCUCACAGUGGCCAACCAGGUGCCUGGGGGAAGCCCGCAAGCAGGACCCGAGUGCAAGAACACUCUCCCCUCCUGAGGCUUCCGGCAACUGGUUUUCAGAAGCAUGCUGCCUCUGACUAGGGUGGCAGAGCACAGCCAUCACGGCUAGUAGCCAUUGAUAGCCUCAUCCUCCAUGACUUUGUCUAAUCUUCUUUUAAAGCCAUCCAAGCUGGUGGCCAUUACUGCAUCUUGUGGGAGCAAAUUCCAUAGUUUAACUAUGCGCUGA